AUGGUAGGUUACUGUCCAAUCUGUGGGAAGCCUGUCUAUUUUGGUGAGAAGAAGAGGUCUUUAGGAAGAGAUUAUCAUCCACUGUGUCUGAAAUGUGAAAAAUGUAAAAGGCAGCUCACAGCUGGACAACAUGCUGAGUAUGAUGAGAAACCAUAUUGUUCAUACUGCUACAUGAGGAUGUUUGGUCCAAGAGGUAGUUUCUAA